AUGGAGUUGGCGCUGGACGCCGUUCUCGUUCGAUCGUCCGACACCAACUUUCAGUUCGGCACGUUGGAGGCCGUGCGGGGCCCUGCCGACGAGCAGCUCAAGUCGGUGUCGGCGUCCUUGCAGCAGUACGCGACGUUGGGCUACCAGGCCUCCCACUUCGCACAGGCGGUUGAUAUAUGCAGGAAGAUGCUGCAGCCGCAGCCCCCUUCCGUGCCGGUGACCCAGCUGACCGAGCCGGACAGUGCGGCGAAUAAAGAGGAGGACUUAAUGUCCCCGCCGUUGCUGCAGCCGACCAUUUUUCUUGGGGCGACAGCGAAUUUGUUUGGGACUGGCUGCCGUGAGGCGAUUCGGUUCCUUUGUGCUGAGUGUGUUCCCCUACCGGACGGUGUCUUGCCGGCGGCCAAGGCUGAAGAAAUGAGUAGGCCGCGUUUCGGCAAUACUGACGGGCCAACCGCUUUGUUCUCGGCCCGUGUUUCCAAGGCGCUCAUUCAUGCGUUGGUGGUGAGUGGAGGUGCGAUGGAGCACGACAUCCGCCGCGCGUGUGAACCGUACCACAUCGCCACGCACGGGGGAACUGAUGCAGCUCUCUCACAGCAACAGCAACAAGCUCCUGCAGUGGCCGGGGCGGUGGGUGCUCGGUUCGGAAACAUCAACUACGGCGGGGGUGCCACGGGGCCGGACUCGUCCUUGUUUUCAUCCGUCAUGCGCCGGCUGGUGUCUCGCCUAAUCGAAGAGCAGAAGCACUGUAAGGCCGCCUCAGCCGCCAAGCCAAUUCCUGCGGCGUACGACGAUGUCUGUGUGUGGGGCUUUGGCCCAAGCAUAGUGUGGUACCUGGCCGGCCUGUGGCUACCGGCACUAUUUACAGAGGCCUUACUUGAGAAGAACGUGGGGGACGCGUCGGAGGUCGUGGCAGAGGCGGAGCGGCGUGCGGAGAGCACAGUGUUGUAUUGGGCAGCCAAGAACGGUGUGCCUAUUUUUUCGCCAUCCUUCGUUGACGGGGACGUCAUGAACUUUGUCUUGGCGACGGAGAAGUCGACAUCCGCCGUGCUGAAGUUGGACCUUGUGCCGGAUAUCUACCGCCUUAAUGCGCUUGCGAUGCGCAGCCAGCGAAGUGGGAUGAUUAUUCUCGGCGGAGGUGUGGUGAAGCACCACGUGUGCAACGCCAACCUUAUGCGUAAUGGGGCCGACUUUACAGUGUUCAUCAACAACGGGCAGGAGUUUGACGGCAGCGACGCCGGCGCCCGUCCAGAUGAGGCAAUCUCUUGGGGCAAAAUACGCCUCGACGGCGAAUACGCGAAGGUGUACGCGGAGGUUUCCCUCGUCUUUCCGCUGCUGGUUGCGCAGGCGUUUCUGCCGUGGGUGCGUGCGGCCCGCGGCCUGCCCCAACCGGAACAAGGUGGUGAACAUGUGUAG